AUGGAUCACUCUAUCCAACGCCUGCUGAACGAUAAGCUCUACGAUAGGAGGAAACAGGGAGCUCUAGAGCUUGAAAAAAUUGUCCGAAAUGCCGCUUUCAAAGGAGAGAUUGAGGAGAUCCAGAAGAUAGUUGACCAGCUUUGCCAUGACUACGCUUACGCCGUACACCAGCCUCACGCCAGAAAUGGUGGUUUAAUUGGGCUGGCUGCCGCCUCGAUAGCAUUGGGAUCCGAGGGUGUUGCUCCUCAUCUCAAGGAAAUCGUACCGCCGGUUCUUGCCUGUUUCUCCGACCAAGAUGCGCGGGUCAGGUACUAUGCAUGCGAAAGCAUGUACAACAUUGCCAAGGUCGCCAAAGGAGAAAUACUGUUAUUCUUUAACGAGAUUUUCGAUGCGCUGAGCAAAUUAGCUUCGGACUCGGAGCUCUCCGUGAAGAAUGGUGCUGAGCUUCUUGAUCGCCUUGUGAAGGAUAUUGUUUCGGAGUCUGCUGCCACGUAUAUCUCGGUUCUGCAACUUUCUGAGAAGGAUGCGUUAGAUUCAGAUACGCUGGAAGAAGCAGAUCUGCCGACCGCGUUUUCUCUCGCGAAAUUCAUACCUUUGCUUAAGGAUCGCAUACAUGUGAUCAGCCCAUUCACUCGAAUCUUCUUGGUACAAUGGUUGACAUUAUUGGAUACAAUUCCUGACCUGGAACUCGUCUCUUACUUGCCGGAAUUUCUUGGGGGUUUAGUUAAAUUCCUGGGUGACCCAAGUAGGGAUGUGCAUGUCGCCACACAAGGCCUUCUUGAUCGAUUUUUAUCGGAAAUAAAGAGGAUUGCACGUCUCAAAAAGGGUAUCGAAGAUAGCAGAAAGGAACAAGAAAGCAAAAGACAAUCGGCUGCGAGUGACGAUGUGAGCGCAAUUACCGACCAGGCUGUUGCCCCAGAAGAGGACAAAGAUGAAAAUGCUAUUGAAGAUUCGGCAUCUGAAUCCAUCAUUGAAGAAGAAGAUGGCGCCCAGGUUGAUGGUGACUGGGUUCCGGGCCAAGAUGUCCAUAUUGAUUAUCCUAAGAUCCUGGACAUUCUUGUGGGAUUCGUCGACACGUCGUUUGAUGAGGAGAUGCAACUGACUGCGCUGCGCUGGAUUGAUAACUUCUUUGAUAUCAGCCCUGAAGAUAUCCUCCCUUUCGUCCCAUGUCUUCUGACUCAGGUUCUUCCUGCAAUGUCCAGUGGCUCGGACCAGGUACGACAGGCAGCUAAUCGAGUCAACACUUCUUUAUUGGAGUAUAUAGUCACCCUGUCUGAAGACACCUCAGAGGAAAAUCGUCCAGCCGCGACCUCGAAAUUACCGCCCGCCCCAAAUAACAAGGAAAAUUCUGAAAGAAGGUCAUCGACACCAGGCGGCAAACCCUCUGAUACCCAGGGAAGUGAACUUAGGAAGCAGAUUUCUCAACAAGAACCGUCAAUCGAUCAAACGCCCCGAAGUGGCAUUGUGUCCGCGCCAGCUCCUCCAGCAGAUCUUGAUUAUGCUGCAGCCGUCAAUUCACUUACAUUGCAAUUUUUGAAUGAGAAUGAAGCCACAAGAGUAGCUGCACUGUCCUGGUUAAUCAUGCUACAUCGGAAGGCUCCACGCAAGGUUGUUGCUUUCAAUGACGGAACCUUUCCUGCACUUCUCAAAACAUUGUCGGACCCUGCGGAAGCUGUUGUUACCAAGGAUCUCCAACUUCUGUCGCAAAUUUCAAAGAACAGUGAGGAUAGCUACUUUGCAUCUUUCAUGGUGAACUUGCUGCAAUUGUUCUCGACGGACCGGAAUUUGCUUGAGGUUCGUGGAAAUCUCAUCAUUCGGCAGCUUUGCAUUAGUUUGAGUCCGGAACGUAUCUAUCGGACCCUAGCAGAUUGCCUUGAAAAGGAAGAGGAUAUCGAGUUUGCUAGCAUCAUGGUCCAGAAUUUGAAUAACAACCUAAUCACCGCACCUGAACUCUCCGAUCUUCGAAAGAGAUUAAGGAAUAUCGAUUCAAAGGAAGGCCAAAUGUUCUUUGUGGCUCUUUUCAGGUCAUGGUGCCAUAAUGCAGUCUCUACAUUUUCCCUAUGUCUUCUCGCUCAAGCUUAUGAGCAAGCAUAUAACCUUCUGCAAGUCUUUGCUGAACUCGAAAUGACCGUUAAUAUGUUAAUACAAAUCGACAAGCUGGUCCAGCUCUUAGAAUCACCUGUCUUUACCUACCUCCGUCUCCAACUCCUGGAACCAGAAAAAUACCCAUACCUAUAUAAAUGCCUCUACGGCGUCCUCAUGCUACUCCCGCAGAGCUCCGCAUUCGCAGCGCUCAAAAACCGUCUUAACAGCGUCAGCAAUAUCGGCCUCCUCCACGCUAGUCCACGACUCACGGCCCCAAUAUCCACCUUUGAACGCCCAACCGGCGCGCGCCUGAAAUCCCGCGACGAUUCCUCCAUCCGCUGGGCCGAUCUCCUAGACAAAUUCAAAUCCGUGCAAGAAAAAGCCCGACGAGCCCAACGCGCCGCUUACCAGCGCCAACUCGACCACGAUGGUAUCCGAACGGGACCCCAGAACCCCUCUCUAACCGCUGCGCUUUCUGCGGCCGCGACAUCGGACCAGACUCGUAAGGAUCGGGGGUUUGCUGAGGGUGGAGAGUCCCUGCGUGGUGGAAAUGCAGGAGGGACCGGCCGGAUGAAUUCAGUGGAUAGUUCUGGGACACAGAAGGGGGUUGGUGGGAAUGGUGGGGGAGGCUCUAUUCUAGGGGGUGCGCAUCGGCAUAAAUCAAGUCUUCCUAAUCUCGGACGGCUUGGGAUUGGGAGCCGGAAGUCUAAACGUUGA